AUGAUAAAUCAAACAACUGUAACAGAAUUCUUACUUCUUGGAUUUUCUGAUUUCCCAGAACUACAACCUUUGUACUUCAUAGCAUUCCUUUUCAUUUACCUUGUAACCCUGACAGGGAACAUUCUCCUCAUUGUAACUGUUGCCCAGCACCAAAAGCUUCAUAGCCCCAUGUAUUUCUUUCUGGUCAAUUUAUCCUUCCUAGAUGCUAGUUAUAUUUCCACCAUUGUUCCCAAAUCCAUUAUUGACUCUUUGUUAAACAACAGACAGAUUUCAUUUCCUGAAUGUAUCACCCAGGCUUUCUGGGUUCUUACAUUUACAGGUACUGAACUGUCUAUUCUCACCGUCAUGGCAUAUGACCGCUACAUAGCAAUUUGCUACCCUUUGCAAUACUCACUCAUCAUGAACUGGAGAGCCUGUUUUCAGAUGGCAGCUGCUUCUUGGGCUUGCAGUGCAAUCAAUGGCAUAGUGCAGAUCAUCAAUACAUGGAGAUUGUAUUUUUGCUCCUCAAAUGUGAUUGAACACUUUUUCUGUGAUAUUCCACAGUUAUUGGUGCUGUCCUGUACUGACACAACAGUAAAUCAAGGGCUUCUUCUUGCCAUUGCUGUCUUUGUAGGUUCAUUUUGCUUCUUCUUUGUUUUUGUUUCCUAUGCUUAUAUUUUCUCUGCUGUGUUCAAGAUUCAGUCCAUUCAGGCCAGGUAUAAGGUCUUCUCCACUUGCACUCCACACUUGACUGUUUUUUCAUUGUUUGUUAUCACUGCCUCAUUUUCUUACUUGAGACCAAAAGCCUGGUCAUCUCUACCUAUGGACAUGAUGGCUGCCAUUUUAUAUACAGUUUUGCCACCGCUAAUGAAUCCCAUCAUUUAUAGCCUGAGAAACAAAGAUAUCAAAAUAUGUCUGAUGAAAAUGUUGAAAGGGUAA